AUGGAUGAGACCAGGUCUGAGACAUGCGAUAAAGGAGAGGAUUCAGCACGAACAUUGAAGUACACCAGUGUCAGUAGCCUGGGGAACUCCAAGGCCCAGCCUGCCACCGCUGCCUCUAGCAAGCUUGAUAGGUUAUCUGCCGAAAAGGCAUCGUGGCCUUUCCCUCGGCGUCCCAGGGCGCAGCUGGCACAAGGCAGACCCCGCGUUGAGGGUGGCGCUCCGCCGCCGGGGGCUAAGGGCAGGGCGACGCCUCCGAGCGCAUCCCCGGGGCCCCGAGGGAGGAGCGAGGCGUCGGGGGCGUGCGCUCCCGGCUCGGCCUCCUUCGGUCGGCUCCGGCCUCUCUGGAGCGGGGCGCGCUCCCUCCGCGGUCCCUUGCGGAGCCUCCCGGCCGCCGCUGCCAUGAACCGGCUGGGGAGAAAAGACGGCGAGACCCUCAUCGAGAUGGCCCAGGCCACCGACGGCGAGUCGGGAGAAGAAGUCAAUGGCCCUUUAUUUGAAAAUAUAUCAAACACCGAUUCAGAACAUCCCGGUAAUUCUGAGGGCCUAAGUACCACUGAGACUACAUUACUCAUCUCUGACCUUCAAGGGAAUACUGGAAGGAGAUUCAAUCUGUUCCUGAAGCGACGUCUCAGGAUUGACAAGCGACAUCAAAGCAAGGAUUCAAUUUUCUUCAGGGAUGGUGUCCGGCAAAUAGACUUUGUACUGUCUUAUGUAGACGAUCCAAAUAAAGAAGGAGAAAAGAAAGUGGAGAGGAGACGAGAAUUUGAAAGCAAUCUAGAAAAGGCAGGUCUCGAACUAGAAACUGAAGACAAAAAGGAAUCUGAAAAUGGGAAAACUUACUUUGUGAAGCUUCACGCUCCAUGGGAGGUCCUGACUACAUAUGCCGAAGUGCUGAACAUCAAAGUGCCCAUCAAGGAAAAUGAUAUUCCUUGUGCUGUUGAGAACCCCCUGGACUUUGUGGCUCAGCCAUUCAGGCUGCCAGAGAACGUGAUGCAUCCAGAACCUGACUACUUCACAGCCCCGUUCAGCAAAGAAAGGCAGGAACUCUACCUCAUUCACGAUGAGCAGACAUUUUUCUCCCCGUCAGUUAGGAACAGAAUUGUUUACUAUAUUUUAUCAAGGUGUCCUUAUGGAACAGAAGAAGGGAAAAGGAAGUUUGGGAUUAAAAGACUGCUAAGCAAUGGCACCUACACUGCUGCUUACCCGCUCCAUGAUUGCCAGUACUGGAAGAAGUCAAACGAUCCAAAGUGCGACAACGAAAGAUACACACUGUAUAGGGAAUGGGCAAGAUUUUUUCGGUUUUACAAAGAACAGCCCUUGGAUCUUAUCAAGAAGUAUUAUGGAGAGAGGAUUGGAAUCUAUUUUGCCUGGCUGGGAUUCUACACUGAGAUGUUGUUCUUUGCAGCUGUCGUUGGCUUUGUCUGUUUUCUGUAUGGUGCAUUCACAAUGAAUGAAAAUAUGAGUAGCAAAGAAAUCUGUGAACCUAAUGUAGGGGGAGAUAUUAUCAUGUGCCCUCUCUGUGACCGAAAAUGUGAUUACUGGAGGCUGAACUCCACGUGUGAGUCUUCACAGUAUUCCCAUUUGUUUGAUAAUGUGGCAACCCUCUUUUUUGCAAUCUUCAUGGGCAUCUGGGUUACGCUGUUCUUGGAAUUUUGGAAGCGGCGGCAAGCUCGGCUCGAAUAUGAGUGGGAUUUAGUUGAUUUUGAGGAGGAACAGCAGCAGCUCCAGCUGAGACCAGAGUAUGAAGCAAAAUGUACUCAAAAGAGGAAGAAUCCAGUAACUCAGGAGAUGGAGCCUUAUUUGCCUCUAACUAGCCAGGCUCUACGGUUCUGCGUCUCGGGAACAACAGUGUUGUUCUGGAUCUCCUUGAUCAUAGCAAGUAUGAUAGCUGUGAUAGUGUACCGCCUUGCAGUUUAUGCUGCUUUUGCCAGCUUCAUGGAGAACGCACAAACCCCGACUCCUAUUCGCCGUUUACUGACACCGCAGCUGGCAACAUCAGUCACUGCGUCAUGCCUGAAUUUUGUCAUCAUCAUGAUCUUGAAUUUCUUAUAUGAGAGGAUAGCCAUCUGGAUCACAGAUAUGGAAAUCCCAAGAACUCACCUUGAGUAUGAAAACAGACUGACCAUGAAGAUGUUCCUAUUUCAGUUUGUCAACUACUACUCUUCAUGUUUCUAUGUGGCUUUCUUCAAAGGAAAAUUUGCAGGUUACCCUGGCUCUUACACGUACUUGUUCGGUUCCUGGAGAAAUGAGGAGUGUGAUCCAGCAGGAUGCUUAAUAGAACUGACCACACAACUUACCAUUAUCAUGGCUGGCAAACAGAUCUGGGGGAAUGUCCAGGAAGCUGUCUUACCCUGGAUCUGGAAUUGGUGGGGCCGUCGGAGAGCCAGGAGCAGCCCAGAGAAUUUGUACAGUCGAUGGGAACAGGACCAUGAUCUGCAGACCUUUGGAGCUUUGGGCCUGUUCUAUGAAUACCUGGAAAUGGUUAUUCAGUUUGGAUUCAUUACUCUGUUUGUGGCCUCUUUUCCGUUGGCCCCGCUACUUGCUCUGAUGAACAAUAUCUUGGAGAUUCGAGUUGAUUCCUGGAAGCUUACAACACAGUUUAGAAGGCCGGUGGCAGCCAAAGCCCACAGCAUAGGCAUUUGGCAAGAAAUUCUAAAUGGAAUGGCCAUCUUGUCAGUUGUCACAAAUGCAUUCAUUGUAGCCUUCACAUCUGAUAUGAUCCCUCGGUUAGUUUACUAUUACGCCUAUUAUACAGAUCCUAAAUCACCCAUGUCUGGAUACAUUAACAGCAGUCUCUCAGUAUUCCAAACGUCAGAUUUUUCUGAUGAAAACAAACCUGAACAUUCUAAAGAAGACUAUGAAACCUGCAGGUACAGGGACUAUCGAUAUCCACCGGAGCAUGAGAGGAAGUAUACGCACACCAUGCAGUUCUGGCACAUUCUGGCAGCCAAAAUGGCUUUUAUAAUUAUUAUGGAGCAUGUUGUCUUCAUUGUCAAGUUCUUCAUCGCCUGGAUGAUCCCUGAUGUCCCAUCGGAGGUGAAAGCCAAAAUAAAGCGCGAGAAGUACUUAACCCAAAAAAUCCUACAUGAGUAUGAACUCAAUAAGCUCAGGCAGAAACUGUGCGAAGGCAGAACCUAUGCCAACAUGGAAAAGGAAGUCAUUGCCAGCGAAGGGAGAGUGGAGUUAGCAGAAGUCAUGUAAUGUGGGGACACGCUGUGUGCCUUAUGAAUUCUAGCCUGUGAAAUU